CGACAUCGACAUCGAUAUUUCAAUUCUCCACAUGCAUAUGAAUCUGAUUAAAACCCGGAUUUGUAUAUCGACUGAGGUUGCGCUGGUCUUGUUGCUUGCUUGUUUGUUUAUUUACUUAUCUUGAUUAAAUAUCUAUAUUCAUAGGUAUUCAUAAUCCAUCAUUCCUACGCAUCAUAAUCGAUAUCCCACAAUGAGCUCAAGCGAUUCAAAAGGAAAAGAAGGAAAAGGCAAAGCGGUAGCCUUAGUUCCAGCUCCAGCGGAAAUGAAAUCAAAUAAUAUUCACAAGGCCGAUAAUGGUAAUGGUGAUAAUAUGCACAUACCAACAAAACGAGAUGAACAACCUCAAUCUUCAUUAUUGGCGCGUGUAGGUUCUUCGGCGAUAGGAUUGGGAAGAGAUGUUUUCAGUGGGGUUGGGAGUGAAAGAGAAGGUGGUGAGGGAUUAAGGAGAGAUAUGGUGGGUUUAUUGAGUCGGAGCGGGGAUGGGAAGGCGGGAGGGAGUGGAGGUGGAAGUGGAAGUGGAAGUGGAAGUUUUGCAGGAUCUUCUAGUUUAAGGGAAGCUGGUGUUGGGUUUGCGGGACCUGCUUCGAGGAGUGAAGGGAUGAGGAGCUCGAGCUUGGGAAAUAAUGAUUUGGAAGGAAAUGCAGUGGAUGAGAACGCUAGUGAAAGUCAAGGUGAGAGGGCUCGACAUGUGCAGCGGAGCGAAAAUGAAUUUUCGGAGUUUUUGGAUGGUGUUCCUUCGCUUAUGCCGGCUGAUGAUUUGGGUUUUGCAACUGCAUCUGCAUCUGGAGCUGGAUUUGGGAAUCAGAGCCAGAUUCGCGAUCAAGUAGAUUAUGCAGCAUCUUCUAGCUCUGACUCUGGUGCUGGUUUUGGGUUUGGUACGGAUUAUCUCUCGCAGGGAAAUACGAAUAUGUUUUGGGGAAGUGCUGAUGCAGAGGGAAAGAGAGGAGGAGGAGGAAUUGAUAGUGACUUGGGUCGAUUUAAUCUUGAACAUGGUUCCAAGUCAAAUUUGGAUUUGAUACAAGGAAGUACGAAUUCGGACUGGGGAAAUGUAUGGGCUCGGACUACUGGUGCUCCUGCUUCUACUUCUACAGAACAGGUUCAAAAUCCUCAAGCCAAAAUCGAUAAGCUUGAAAAUUUUGAUAUGGACAAAUUCUCUGGCGAGCCCGGCACUUCUUCUAAUAUAAGUUCUAAUGGCGAAAAUGGAAAAGUGUCUUCCUCCGGAUAUUCUGAAAGAAGCGGAUCUAAAAUUGUCGGGUAUAUUCAUACAGAUGUAUCAGAACAAGAAAAAAGAGACGGAGAAGAUGUUCGACAAAUAUUAUCAAAAAUAGGUGGAACGAAUUUAGAUUUUGAGGAAGAGAUGGAGGAGUUAUUGACUGAACAGAAAGCAUGGGCGGAGAAUGAGCAAGAGAUGAAAGGUUAUGAAUGGGAAUGGAAAUGGGGAAUGAGUGAGGAAGAAAGGGAGAGGAUUAGAAAGAUUACGAGGGAUUUAUUAUUCCCAGAACCAGCGGUUCAUCAGAUUCCUAAGGGAGAUCAUUCGUUGAAUCUUAUUCCUGGGUAUGAGAGAGAAAGAGAGGAAAGAUGGAGAGAGGAGAGGAAGGGUAAUGGGGAGGAUGAUACGAAAGAGGAUAUGUUCGCGGGUGUCAUGUUUAAGAAUAAGAUUGAUCAUGAGAAGGGAAAAGUGAUGGAAGAAUGGAAAAGUGAUUGGGAGGGUGUGUUGAGGCGGUAUACGGAUGAGGUGUGGGGCGGUUUAUUACCUUUGGUGGUGGAGGCUAGGGAAGAAUUACAAAGAGAGGAAAAGGAGGGAGAAACUGGAGAGGGGAAAGAUAGUGGAGAUUUGAAAGCUUUAAGGAGGUUGGGUGCUGUGUUGGGACAUUUGAAGGGGAUAGGGAGGGAGUUGUGAGAUGGUUUUGUUUAAAACAGGAUGAAAAUGGGAUGGAAUUGCAAAUGGAACGUAAGAUCUUACAUUUGAGAUAUUGGUGGAGUGUUCCUAUAUCUUUCAUUCCUCAUACCUCUUGUAUGAUGUAAUAGUAAUGCUUGAGUAGAAACAAUUCACUAUUUACUCGCUUACCCUAUUAAUCUCUCAAC